ACAUUCACAAACAAAUCAAAACAUACUCACUCCCUAAUCUUUUCUCCUCUCGAACCUAUCAAUGGCUACCAAACCAGCUUUUGUGGUUAGCUUCACUGUGAUGCUCAUGCUCAUGGUAGCUUCUUCCACAGUGACAGCACGAUCUCUCAUGAAACCAACCGUGGAUGCACCUUCUCCUUCCACAAGCCUUGUGUACCGUCUUAGGCUUGAUGAAGAAACAGGUUACUGCUGGGAUUCAUUGAUGCAGCUCCAACACUGUUCUGGAGAGCUGAUCUUGUUCUUUCUCAACGGUGAGACUUACAUUGGCCCUGGGUGUUGCAGUGCUAUAAGAACCGUGGGAAGCAAGUGUUGGCCUACUAUGAUUGGUGUUCUUGGUUUCACUGCUCAAGAAGGUGACAUGCUCCAAGGUUACUGUGAUGAUGAACAUGAGGAACAUGCUCUUGCCUUCUCACCACGUUCUCCUUCCGUGGAAUUCAAGCAUGCUACGGUUGCUAGAUCUUAUAACCCUUGAAUCGCUGGAUUUAUAACCUAUGUUUUUUUCUUUUAAGAGAAUGAUGAUUUAAUGUAAUUGGAGAGAGCUGUUGACCAAUAGUUUCUCUGUUAUUACUUGAGAAUAAAAGAGUUUACUCACAACAAAGUUUGCAAAUCUUGUGAACAUACAAUUCUCCAUGUUUAAAUCAAUGAACAAUCAACUAACAACGUUGU